AUGGCAGGAGACCUCAUACUCGUGACAGGAGCCACAGGUCAUCUAGGCUAUCGAGCUGUAGUGCUCGCCUUGGAGGCUGGCUAUCAAGUCCGCGCAGCAGUACGAUCCCAGGCGAAAGCAGGAACUAUACUUGCAACUCAGUCAAUCAAAGCACUCGCCCCGGGUUCCAAGCUAGACUUCAUCAUAGUACCCGACAUCAUCGCCGACGGCGCCUACGAUGACGCGGUCAAAGACGUAAAAGCCAUCUUACACAUCGCCUCUCCCCUCCCCGGCUCCACAGAAGACUUUGAGCGCGACAUCAUCACGCCCGCGAUCAAAGGGACCACCAACAUUCUCAAAGCGGCCGCGAAAGAACCCUCCGUCAGGCGCAUCGUCAUAACCUCUUCCGUCGUCGCGGUCAUACCAUGGGCAGAAGUCAUGAAUCCUAAAACCAACCACGUGUACACAGCCGACAAGAGCGUCCCAGACCCCUCAGGCCCGUACGAGCACAGCUUCGAAGCCUAUGCCGCCGCCAAAACGAAAGCUUUGAACGCAACGAAGGAGUUUGUCAAGACCGAGAAGCCCACCUUCGACGUCAUCAACGUGAUGCCUGGAUUCUUUGUUGGCAAGAACGAGCUCAUCACUAACGCGAAGGACGUUUUGAGCGGGACGAACGCAUUCGCUUUCGGCCCGGUCUUAGGUCGCGUAUCGGCCCAACCCCUUUGGGGCAGCUUACAGCAUGUUGACGAUGUCGCCAAAGUCCAUGUACUGUCGCUGAGCCCCAAGGUCGAGGGAAACCAAGACUUCGGCAUACAGGCUGGGGGUACUGACGGCAUCGUUUGGGAUGACAGUAUCGAGAUUGUCAAAAGGCGUUUUCCAGAGGCUGUUCAUGAUGGCAGAUUGCCGGCAAGCGGAACGCAGCCGACGAAUAAAGUAGUCAAGUAUGAUACUACCAGGACGGAGAAGGUGCUUGGGAUCAAGUUUCAGAGCUACGAGGAUGCGCUCGUUAGCGUCACUGAGCAUUAUCUUGAGCUUCUUGAGAAGGAAAGUGGGAAGAGCGAGUUGUGA